UAGAUCCGAUUCCUCUUACUCUUCAGUCGCCAAGGGAAGUUACGAUUACAAAAAUGGUAUGUUUCAAUACCUGAAAAAGAAAAGCGGAAGAUCUCACGGGAGCUGGUCCACAUAAUUCUGACUCGAAGUCCUCAGAUGAGCAGUUUCGUUGACUGGAAAGAUCUAAAACUUGUAUACAAAAGGUGAACUCUUUAAAUAUAAACAAACUAAUGUACACAUUUUCUACUAAACUUUUGGGAAACUAGGAGGAACUUUCACUUGGUACAUAAUUGCAAAUUCUAAUAGAUAAUCCAACACUCCAAAUAGGUUUUCUUCUGUGACGUGUAAAUGAACAGUUACCCACAAUAAAGUGACCAUUUUUCAUUAAACAAUAACAUAUGAAAAAUAAACGUGUAGUGAUUAGUGAAACAAAAUCCAAAUGUCACAAAACACUACUGUGGAGUUUUACGACUUUUGUUUUUUGUUUCACUACUCACUACAAAUUUGUUUAAUUUUUUUUAACUGAAGUAAUUAAGUGUUGGGUUUUAGGAAGCACCCACAUAAAGUGGUAGCAGCUUUUUUUUAUAUAGUCAAUAUCGUUAUUUGUUAUCAGCGCCUCUGUUACUCCGUUAUUUCUCUUUUUUGUAAACCAUGUACAGGAUUCCAUUUAUUCUGACCAAGUUUUCGAUAAUUUUGCACUGAUAACUUUAUGUAUUGUUCCACUGCUGUGAAAAUGGCAUUAUCUUCACGUUGUAUUUCUUAAAUGUUUUUUUUGUAUAGCUUAGUUUACCGUUCACCCAAAAAAAAUAAAAAAUCAUGCAUUUUUUGUAACCUUACAGCUGGCUCUUUUCCACCGCCCUACUAAUUAAUUAGAUGCGUCAUGUCUUCUUCACCGGAGCACCAUUUAACCCCUCUGCAUCCGGUGUAGUCAGAUGUGCUUAAGUUUGUAUUUAAAAAAAGUCUAGAAGUUAAUGGGCAAGAAAUUAUCCAUUUGCUAACCGUUUAAACCAUACUACCUACUCCAAUUAACUCCUCCCUUCUAGGGUCUAAACCCUCAUUACUCCUACAUCUUCUCACUGGCUACUUCUAACUAGAGAGAAUAUAAGUGCAUGGUAUUAAGCUGCAGAACUGAAAUGAGCACAUACACAUUAUAUAUAGCUUUAUUAUAGAUCAUUUUUUUGUAAAUAUAUUUUAUUUAGUAUAUAAAAUAAGUUUGCAUGCAUGUGUGGUACUUUGUAAUGCACGCAGUAGCUUUUUUUUUCACUGUUACUCCUGUCUUACCCUUGUUCUCUGGGGUCAGCCAUCUUUAAGUCAACUUUGACCAAAAGCACUGCUUAUCCCACCAAAUCCAUACUUGACAACAUUCCUUGCUCACCUUCCAGGACAGAGGUAAGCAGGGAAGAGAGCAAGCAUGCAGGAUCCCUAAAGAGCCUGCACCCUGUUGCAGACCAUGCACCGAACACUGUGGUUUAGUGACCAGUCCUCUCCUGCAUUUUGAAACCUGCUGGCCGACUUUAAAAUAUGAGACAGAUCCCCAGUACCUAUAUAUGCUGGGACAGUGCACGAAAAUGCAGGACUCCUGGCAAAUUGUGGACUGUUGGCACUUAUGCCAAAGCCGAUGCUGGUAACCAAAAAAUAGACCUCAUUAGCAAAUCCAUAUGUGAUGUACAAGUGAUAAACAUCUCCAAAAUGUGCGCUGAGUAUUCGUCGUUCAAAUUAUGCAUAGUCUUAACAAAUAAGUGGUGCUUCUGACCUAAGAGGGCUUAAAGAUAGCCGCCCAGAAACAAAUUGAUACCACAAGCACUUGUAGACAAAGAAUUCUAAAGCACCACCAACCAACCACCCACUGUUCCAAACCAUAACCCCCCCUCUUGAUUAUGUAAAUGUGAUUUAAAAAUAUUGCAUACACACAGACCUAUAGAGUGUGAUUUGUUUUUUUUUAUACACACACCUCAUAUUGCCACCUCAUAUAAAGCAUGGCAAGUGCAUAUAUAUGUAUGUUUGUAAUGAUGUCCGUAUUUACAUGCGUAGCUUGACCAUUUAGGUCCCUGUCCUAUCCCCUCUCUGCUGGAGAUCGGUGUGUUAAGUUUCAAGGGCAGAACCAUGCAUAGACCAGGGAACUUGUUGAUCUCAGAUUUCAGCAGCCUCAGUUUGGGUUGACUUUGCUGUCUGGGUAGACUGUAACCUACCAAAGGCAACUGCUUUUAACAGGCAGAGUAGGCACCUAUGAAACCUGUAUCAGGCAUGUGCUGUAGGUAGGUGCCUACUGUACCCAAUAGGAAUCCUGACUGCAUGAACAAAGUUAGGGUAAGUCUGGAGAGGCAUAAAGAAUUCUUGAAAGAUGAAAUAUUUGCAUUGUUUUUAAAAAAACAAACAUUUUAACUUUUUUUUUUAAACUGAAUUGCUUUGAACAGAUUAUUGUGGGAUGUUAUGAGACUGGCAUCAAAAAAUUUGCAGUAAACCUUUAAAUUAAAUGUAAGUUAAAAAACAAACAAAAAAAACACAACAAAAAAACACUUUUACUUUGAUACACAAACAUACCCUCCUAUGUUUCCCAUUAAAUAGGAUAUAUUUCGGCCUAUUGAAAGUGACAUAGGGGGACGUGGAUGACCUAUUCCCUUGUGAGUGCAUACACAACAAAGUCACCAGCAACUAGAGCAAAAAACAAAAUCGAAAUGUCUUUUGCUGCAGCACAAAGUAAAACUACUCAUUUGUGUGUGUGUGUGUGUGUGUGUGUUUGCAGUCAGUUUAAGGCUUACACUUGGUGUCUAUCUAAAAAGCUCCUUCAUCUCACUUGUCUUGCUAAAGCUGGUUCUCUCUUCCAGGUAUGCGAGUCUCUAUUUCUGCUGUGCAAUUGAAGACCAGGACAACGAACUGCUUACACUGGAGAUUGUGCAUCGGUUUGUAGAACUGAUGGAUAAAUAUUUUGGGAAUGUAAGUGGCAACACUACAAGCAAGUGCAAUUAUAUAUCUACACUUUAUUGAAUGUAGAUCCACAGGAUUAUUUAAUAAACUAUGAAUUGUCAAGAAUUGACCAGAGAAUUCUAAGCAUUAAGUCAAAAUAAUUGAAUUUAAACAUUUCCAAAUUUCCUCAUUUCAUUUUUUGUAUAAUAGUUACAUUUUUUUGACCUUUUCCAAUGUAUAACUCCUGGUAUUGGUUAAUGUAAUUACAUUUCUAUAACUGUAUGUUAACUGAGGUGGCAUCUAAAAAAUUUUAUAUUUAAAAACGAUAUAAAACCAGAAACUUUAAAUAACGACAACUGUUUUACACUGUUUACAGUCCUUUUACAAUUUUACAAAACCGUGUUUGCACUCUCAAAACAUUACCUUAUUUUAAUACUUUUACAUAAAUGGACAAUAAAAAUAGACGAUUUAUGCUUGUUCUCUAAAAUAUCCUAACCUUUGCCUCCUUGGUUAUGAACAAAUUCUAAACUGAUUAUUCUAAAGAUACAAAUGGAAGUUUUGUUUUUGUUUUUUUAUAAAUAGGCAAUAUGUAAACGAUAUUGUCUCCACCAUGGUAUAGGUGUCAAGCUACAUGCAUAGGAUACGUUGUACGUUGAUAUAAUCUUAGCUGUGCAUCUUUAUAGGGCACAGCUAGGAUUAUAUAGGGCAUCUUUGAGUUUUACAUGGCCUAUCAAAAAUGUACUUGGGAAUUAAUUCCCUCUGCAUUGUGGGUAGGAUUUGACACUGAUAUGUCAUUAAAGUGCUGGGGACUCCAAACAAAUGCCCUGCCUGAUAAUGUAAAGACAUUCUAUCUCAAAUCAAUUCUUCAUAGAGAAUCACUGAUAAGAACUAUAAUAUAAAUGUAUUUCCUUGCUAGGUCUGCGAACUGGAUAUUAUAUUUAACUUUGAAAAAGCAUACUUCAUGUUGGAUGAAUUCCUCAUGGGUGGAGAGAUUCAGGAGACUUCAAAAGAGUCUGUGGUUAGAGCCAUUGAAGAUUCAGACAUGUUACAAGAGGUACGUGGGACGGUAUUUUACUUGACAUCGGAGGUUGGGAUGUAAAGUCUAUGGCUCCUUAAAACACUAAUGCUGCCAUCUGCAAGUCUUGAGUAGUCUGUAUAGAAAUAUUCGAAAGUCCCUCUUCCUUCAUCACAAAAAACAAACAAACAUGUUUGACCCUAAAUAUGUCUUUCUAGUUCCAAAAAAAAAAAAAAAACAACCCCCCCCCAAAAAAACAAAGCUAUACACAUUUGAGGCCUUGUCUCAUUUGACACAUGUGCUGCAUUUGAAAUUGCCUUACAUUUUUGUAAAAUUUCUCAUCACUGGGUGGGGAAAGUGGUGGAUCGCUCUUCCCAAGACCGAGCCUUCAGCUACUUGAGAUGUUUUAUUUCUUUUAUGAAUGAUGUUGCCUCCACCUGUUGUCUCAAUGGGGCUUGUUUUGCCAUGAUCUGCCCUUUAUUCAGGUGGUAAAAAGGGAAACCGUGAGAUGGGAAGACCAUGCGCACAUUGGACUUAGAGAUUUGUUUUCCAAACUGCAGUUUGUCCAUAUUUGGACUUAUUGGGUAAUCAGUCAAAUUCCCGAGUUCUGAGCCAAACUGUACCCAAAUCAUGAAGCAAGUGAAACAUGCAAUGAACUAGCAUGUUCGUUUAGUAUUGUAAUUCUGAAUUCUACUUCAUUUAAUUUGUUUGCAGACAAUGGAAGAAUAUAUGAGCAAACCAACUUUUUAAAAGUGAAGCGGGAAAAAACCCAGAUCAAUUAGAACGAGCAGAGCCUUAAUUGUGAAAAUCCGAGCAGCAGUAAAACUAAAGCAACACUUGGAUGCUCUGAUUGACAAGAUGGCUGCCAUCGCUGGACAUAAUACUACUCAGAAAUGGGACGCUGACACCACUACAAGGGACAUGAUUACUGUGACAAUCCUACUCAACCACCGAAUGGACCUAAACUAUCACAAUGCAAUGGAAAUAAACUUAUGCAAAAAAAGUCUUGCUUUUUAAAGAAGAAAUAAAAUAUUUUUAUACAUAAUAUUUUGUGCUCUUGUUGUGGCAAUAAGGGACUCUUGUUAAACAGUCCUACAUCCUGUCUCUAAAACGAUGUAACCCCUCUUUUCGGGGACCAAUCACUUCUUGUCCUGGGUGGAAUUCCUCACCAUAAUUGCCUGGCUUCACUAGUACAGGUUGAACUAUCAUAGGACAAAACGUAAUUAUUCAAAAUGGCUUCUCAGCUGGCAGUCGUCAGGGACAAUAUUAAUGCACUGCUUAGUUACUUUUAUUUUGUGUAAGCACCUGAAGAUGGCAGAGCAUGAUUUAAAACGUUUUCUAAAUUUUUUUUUUUUUUGUUAGAGAAUUCUGUUGUUGCAUUGUGCUAAUAUUUGUAUGUAUUUCAAUUUUCCUGUGUAGUCUUGUGAUCUUCAGAGAUAUUUUUAGUCUAUUGAAAAUUUAUAUUAAAAGUGUAAGUUUACAUGGAUAUUGACUUCAAUGUUAUGCUUCCAAGUCAGAAGAGAUCGUAAAGUGGCUCUGAACUAAGACUUGGACUUUGCGAGUUGGGAAUCGGCCCUGUGGGGAUAGCCUUUGCCCAACUAGUAAAU